CAUUGAUUCUUGUGGGAGGCAUGGACUUCUACCCAAUAAAGCAGUUCUGUUGGCUAUAGCCAAGGCCAACCACAAGAAAGGCCACCAUGAGGUUUGUAGCCUGGUGAUAUUCUUGGACGACUUAAAGGAUGCUGAUUUCUAUCCGCUUCUUGAUCUUUUCAUGGAAAUUGAUGCUUCUGAGAUCAACGCAGUUGACAUACUGCAUAGAUCAUCAUGUGUCUUGAAUGGAGAACAUGUUUUGUCGUUGCUGCGUGCUAUCAAUCAAAAGCUUCGAGUUGUCGAUCUACAGGAUGCAUCAUUUGGAAAGGAUUUCUUGCUGGAUCUCUCUCAGAGGGGCUUAACAUGCCAAGUCCUGAACUUGAGGUCUUCACAUUUCCGAAAGCUCAACAUGAUUGGGGAGUUCAUCCAGAUGCAUACACUUAACCUGGAUUUCAGUGCUUCACUCACUAGUUUCCGGGAGAAUUGUUUCAUUUGUAUGCCAAAUCUGAAGUGCCUCUCAUUUUGUGAGACAAGAAUUUCUAAUCUCUGGACAACUAGUGCAGCAUUAGCUAAACUCCCUUCUUUGGAGGAACUACGCUUUCAAAAUUUUUCAGACUGCGAUGACACAGGGCCUUACCCAUCAUCAGCUGGUGGGAAGGCCAUUGGCAGUACUGAUUCAGAAGGCAAUGAUAUGAGCACCUCGGAGGAUUCAUCCGAUGACAGUGAUGUGGGCUUUUCACGUCGACGUCGAGAUUUCAGUUUGGGAGAACUUUUGCCUGAUGUACUGGUUGAUCUGCACAAUGAGAUUUGUUUUGACACAUGGGGAAUGCAAGAUGAAGAAGAGGUCUUACCUAGUUCUUCUAAUUCAAGACAUAUCUCACAUAUUGCUCCGAAGAAAUAUUUUUCUUGUCACCCUUCACCAAUAUGCUAUGAGAAACAUUAUAGAGAGUACCUGAUAGCUUCACUGCCCAAACUGAAAAUUCUUGAUAACUUGCCCAUUACAAGCGUUGACAGAGAUAGGGCCAAUGACAUCUUUUCACGACACUUUGAGUACCUCCCAUACAAAAGGAAGAAUAAAGAGAGUGUUGUUAGUGUCUUGCAGAAGCGUGAAAUCAGAGCCAGCUGUACUCGCAUGCACACUUCAAGGGGCGAGUUGUCAAACACCUCAGGGAAAUCACACUAUUUUUAUACCAGGUCACUUUGUGCUGCCAAAGUAGGUUCUUCUGCAUGUCCUAUCUUGCACCCUCUUUCUAUUUUUGGCAGCAUACCAAGAGAUGAUUGUAGAAGUUUUCGUCCACGGCAGUUUGAGUACCAUCCAUCUGACUCAAGCCUUAUGGUUUUUGGAACUCUGGAUGGUGAAGUUGUUGUUGUAAACCACGAGAGUGAGAAAAUUGUUGGUUACAUCCCAUCACUUGGAGCAAUGAAUAGUGUUCUGGGGUUAUGUUGGCUAAAAAAGUGCCCUUCCAAGCUCAUUGCUGGUUCUGACAACGGUUCACUUAAGUUGUAUGAUAUUCGGCACAUUCCUUCAGCAACAAGAGGCAUCGAUCACAAUGCUGGUUCUGUUACCUUUGAUGACUUUGACCAGUUAACAUCUGUUCAUGUUAACUCCACAGAUGAGCUCUUUAUUGCAAGCGGUUACUCAAAACAUGUUGCUUUGUAUGACAUCAGCAGCGGAAGACGCAUGCAGGUGUUCACUGAUAUGCAUCGAGAGCAUAUUAAUGUUGUGAAGUUUGCAAACCAUUCCCCCUCCAUUUUUGCUACUUCAUCAUUUGACCAGGACGUAAAGAUGUGGGAUUUAAGACACAAACCAAUUCAGGCUUGUUACACAGCUUCAAGCUCUCGAGGAAAUGUGAUGGUUUGCUUUUCACCAGAUGACCACUAUCUUCUUGUGUCAGCCGUUGACAAUGAGGUUAAACAACUAUUGGCUGUCGAUGGAAGGCUCCAUCUGGACUAUGGCAUACCUUCAACUGGAAGUUCUCAAAAUUACACUCGUUCUUAUUACUUGAAUGGAAGAGACUAUAUUAUCAGUGGAAGUUGUGAUGAACAAGUAGUCCGUGUAUGCUGUGCUCAAACGGGGAGGCGACUCAGGGAUGUACCGUUGGAGGGUAAACGUUCAGGGGCCUCAAUGUUUGUGCAAUCUUUGAGGGGUGAUCCUUUUAGAGAUUUCAACAUGAGUAUCUUAGCAGCCUAUAUACGUCCAAGCUCAAACUCUGAAAUUGUUAAGGUGAAUUUGCUGGCAUCCGGUGACUAUGAUGAGGAAUACUCUCACAGUCGGCAUUCUCACGCGUUUUCCAGUAUGGGAGGCUGAUGUUCGUAACUCAGUUGUAAAUACAAUGUUAACCUUAAAAAAAGAUUGUACCCAGUGCGUAAAACUCCUACCUGUUGCGGAUCUGGGAUAUGUUAGUUUACAUCACAUUAUCUCCGGCUUGAAGAGACCGGUUCCUGAACUCAUACCUGCUGCAUAUUGGUUCUUCGGUCAGGACUUUCCAACAUUCCAGGUCUGACUGUACACAUAAUUUUAACUCAACACAUAACUUUAACAUACACAAUCAUAUUGUAUAUUAGUAUACACCCAGGAUUUUUGUUGAACCCUUGCGUGUAUAACUUUAAGUUUGCGACAAUAUUUCAAUAUA